UCUCAGACUGACAUUCAUUCAACACUCACUGCCACCUUAAACAGAUUACUCUGUCCGCUAGCUGCUAGUGUCAAUUCCAAAUACCUUGCUCACUUCUUCACUUUGUCUCCAGCAACGUGCUCAGGAUGCUACCGAAACUCCAGCUCCACCCGGGGAUGGUUCUAUUAUUGAUAUGGCUCUGUCAUUUCAUGGAAGAUCAAAAAGUACAAGCUGGUAACUGCUGGUUACAGCAGGGGAAGAACGGGAGGUGUCAGGUGCUCUACAUGCCGGGGAUGAGCCGGGAGGAGUGCUGCAGAAGCGGGAGGCUGGGGACGUCUUGGACCGAGGAGGACGUACCCAACAGCACCUUGUUCCGGUGGAUGAUCUUCAACGGCGGAGCCCCCAACUGCAUACCCUGCAAAGAAACGUGCGACAACGUGGACUGUGGACACGGAAAGAGGUGCAAGAUGAACAGGAGAAGCAAGCCGCGCUGCGUCUGCGCGCCAGACUGCUCCAACGUGACUUGGAAAGGACCUGUCUGCGGGUCGGAUGGAAAGACAUACAAAGACGAGUGCGCGUUGCUCAAGUCCAAAUGUAAAGUCCAUCUGGACCUGGAAGUGCAGUACCAGGGCAAAUGCAAGAAGACCUGCCGUGACGUCUUGUGCCCGGGAAGCUCCACGUGCGUCGUGGACCAGACGAAUAACGCAUACUGUGUGACCUGUAAUCGGAUCUGCCCUGAACAGACGUCACCGGAGCAGUUCCUGUGUGGCAACGACGGGAUCAUCUACGCCAGCGCGUGCCAUCUGAGGAGGGCGACAUGUCUCCUGGGAACAUCCAUAGGAGUAGCAUACCAGGGGAAAUGCAUCAAGGCCAAGUCGUGCGAGGACAUCCAGUGCAGCGCGGGAAAGAAGUGUCUGUGGGACAGUAGGAUGAGCCGAGGCCGCUGCUCCCUCUGUGAGGAGGCGUGUCCGGAGAGCCGGACGGACGAGGCGGUGUGUGCCAGUGACAACACUAACUACCCCUCAGAGUGUGCGAUGAAGCAGACCGCCUGCUCUCUGGGAACGCUCCUGGAGGUUAAGCAUUCAGGAUCUUGCAACUCUAUAACAGAAGACCCUGAGGAAGAGGAGGAGGAGCAGGAAGAUCAGGACUACAUGGUUCACAUCCACCUGACCUCCUUAUUGGAUGGAUAGGCUGUCUAUCAUAUCCACCUGUCCUCCUUAUUGGAUGGAUAGGCUGUCUAUCAUAUCCACCUGUCCUCCUUAUUGGAUGGAUAGGCUGUCUAUCAUAUCCACCUGUCCUCCUUAUUGGUUGGAUAGGCUGUCUAUCAUAUCCACCUGUCCUCCUUAUUGGAUGGAUAGGCUGUCUGUCAUAUCCACCUGUCCUCCUUAUUGGAUGGAUAGGCUGUCUAUCAUAUCCACCUGUCCUCCUUAUUGGUUGGAUAGGCUGUCUAUCAUAUCCACCUGUCCUCCUUAUUGGAUGGAUAGGCUGUCUAUCAUAUCCACAUGCUCUCGUUAUUGGUUGGAUAGGCUGUCUAUCAUAUCCACAUGCUCUCGUUAUUGGUUGGAUAGGCUGUCUGUCUGUCUAGCUGCCUGCCUGGUCUGCACUAAGGGACCAGUCCUAGGGCCAGGGCUCAUGUUGUCCAUACUGUACAUUACAUAUGUGUAUGCGUAUUUAUACAUAUAGUUCAGUUCUGCUAGAUGUUUUAUUUAUACUGUUUUUUGUGUUUUUAUAAUUUAUACAUUUCCAAUGUUCAGGAUGACUAUGUGCCAUGUUAUUGUGUUACCACUUGUUUCUAUUUUGUAUUAUAAUUUUUUAUUAUGAAGAAAUAUAUUUCUCCAAAGAGAAGCAGUGUUAUUUAUUGAGUAAAGUAUCCGUCUCCUUUCUGCAAGCUGUAAUUGGUUUCAUGCUUCCCUGAGCUGUACUAACCUGCUUAUGUUCUCACUGUCAGAUAUAUUUUAUUAACACAGAUGUUUAUCAUUCACACGUUAAUGCAUGUUUAGCCUACAGUGUGUUUAUUUAUGGGGGAUCUAUCUUAUCUGUCAAUCAUUUAUGUACAGAAAUGUUUCUGCUUUUUGUUAACACAUCAUUAUAACUCGCCAAAGGGACAUGGGUUUGGGGUCAAUUCCAAAUUGAAUUCCAGUCAAUUCAGAAAGUAAACCAAAUUCCAAUUCCAAAUGUUCCUAAUUGAAAAUCAUUUUUUAGAGAAUUGGAAUUUCAGUGUAAUUUCCUGAAUUGACUGGAAUUUAAAAUGGAAUUGACCACAACCACCCUGCAAAGGGAUUCUCUCAAGGGUUCUGUAAAGGUAAAGGUGCUUUACACGGUGCAGCAUGCUGAUAGCAGCCAGGUCAAAAGAUCUGUAUGCGCUUUUGCCUACUCCGUUAUUAGUUGUCAUGACAAUUCCAUUAGGAGUUGGCAAGAGAGCAGAAACAGCCUGGCAACCAAGCUAUAGUAACAGUCUGAAAGGUGCCAACUAACUCCUCUAACGCUGUGUUCAUAACCAAGUGGGAAGGUGGUAUUUACCACAUACGACUGGGGGAAAAAAAUCCACUUGAACGCCCCUCCAACUGAUAAUUACUAGUGAGGAAACUCGUCUAUCAUCCUGAGCUCCUACUUCUGCCACAUUCUGACCUCUGACGUCACCUACUAAGGAAAUGACUUCAGUAACAGCAUUUUUUCAUCCGUUAAAUACAACAACAAAACAUAUAAAUAGCAAUCUAUUAAUGUUUUUUGAACACUUUAAUUUUGUUUAGAAGCAUGCUUUUAGAGUUUAUGGUUGACGCAGCUUGUUGGUCAUUAGCCAAUCGUUUUUUUCUCGACGAGUCAAAGCAUGUAAAUGCAUCCAACUGGUAUUUAAGACUUCACAACUGGUAAUUUCCACCUUCCCACUUGGUUAUGAACGCAGCAUUAGUUUACUCCUCUACAAUGUGUUUCCCCCGGUGGAGAUGUCUGUCUAACCCAGACAAACGUAAACUCAGCAGCAGUGUUUUAUUUUGUACACGUUCGAACAGAGAUGGGUUUUUUUUGGGACAACACUUGAUUUUGUCAAAAUGUGGCAUGAAAAUGUGUGUGUUUGUGUGCUGCCAGUGUUUUGCUCCAUAUUGCUCUUGCAGAGCUCACCUGACUAGGGGGCUAGACAGCAGCACAUGUACACUGUAUCAAAACCUCAUCACACUUUGCUUUUCUCGCCACGCUGUUGUUCUUUUCAGAAUGCAUUUUCAUUUUCAAAAAUCGCAAGAGAAAUACAAAAUUCUGUUAUAAGUAUAUAGUUCAGUAUUUCUGUUAUGUAAAUGUCAUAUGUACAUACAAAGUCGGAUAUUUGUACAGAUAUGAAGAGUAAAACAAUAAACUUUUUUUUUUUUUCCUUA